AACGAUUUAAUAAAUUGGCUCCGCCCUCCCUCACGCAUCUUUGGUUCAUUGGUUGACACUGCGUGUCUGAUUGACAGGAACAACAGAUUCGGCUCUUCUGACAUGCGAGCCAGCUCAUCACUAGUCGCUUAUUAACAAGAACUCAUCACGAACAAAGGACACAGUAUUUAACUCUCAAAAUUCAAAGUGUGAUGGGAUUAUGGAGGCUGGUGUGGAUUCUGUUCAUGGUGCCAGUGUUUGUUCAUGGAAGAAUAUCAGUACAUUUUAAAACCGGCCGGCCCCUCUACGUGGCGCUUGGAAAAACCCUGGUUUUGGAGGCCAUAUUUCAGAAGAACCCUGAAGAUAAUAUAGACAUGGUGACGUGGGACCGCCAGAGAGAAAAGGAGAAUGUCCGAAUAUCAGGGACCAUUCAUGACAAAAGGAUAUCUUUGGAGAAGGAUAAUGCACUUCUACGGAUAAUUAAUAUUUCGAGAGGUGACUUUGGCACCUACAAGGUUACAGUAACAGACAGUAAUGGAGACCAGCAGCACAACUCCAUAGAAGUCCGAAUGAUGGAGCAACCUCUAAAGGCGUCCAUUGCAAACCUGUUGGAGUGUUUUGUGGAUACAAAUGACGUUGCGCAGUGGGAUACCCCUCAGUUCGAGUGGCUUGUAGAUGGCGUUGGGGUAACCAGUCAAACAGCCCUGUUAGAAAAUGGCAGAAGACUAAACAUCUCACUGGUCAAAGGAGAGAACUACACCUGCAUCACCCACAGCAGUCUUGGAACAGUGACUACACAUUUUGAAACCUCAAAAGAAACUCCGACUUCUCCCUGCUCUUGGCCAUGUUAUAAGGGACUGAUUGCAGCGUGCGUUGUGUUAGCAUUGCUUUUUGUAAUAUGUGUAAUUAUCAUGAAGAUGAGAAGACAGCCUAAGUACGUACCUACAGGUGUGGAGCCGGCUAAUACUGUUUGAGUCCUCAUGUUACACUCACAGAGCAGAUUUGAUUUUAUUUCAACUUUUAUUUGUACUUGUAAAUAUUUAAAAUAUAUAUAUAUAUUAUUGUGAUGGUUAUUUAUUUCUAUAUUUAUGCUGGUGCACAUUGCAGUGAUCCUCUUUGGUUUUACUUUAUCUUCUUGAACGUUUAUUAGAAAGGCCUGGACAGUGAUCUACUUAAAAUCUUUGGUUUUGAGAAUUUUUAAUUUUUUUUUGUUGAUUUUCAUUUUUUGGGUUUACAACAUAAGUUAAAGUUUUAAAAGAAGUGUGUAUUUUGUGAAAGAUUGUUACAUUUCUUCCUCAGUUGUUCUUCUGUCAGGCUGCUAUGAAAUCAUAUUUUGACACUGGUGUUCAA